CCCACUUGCUCAACACUCCUCUACCAGUCUUCACUUGACGUAAUGCUCACUCAUCUCCUACUUGUAUGCGUGACGGUAAUCCAUUUACUCCUCUAUCCCUUGGCCAGUCCAUCUACGUCCAGUCAUUCCCUACAUCGCCCCGGCCACAUGCACACAUCUCUUGCAGUCUGUCAACUCAUUCAUCUGCCCAUCGAUCGUCUUGUCGGCCUCCUCCUGCCUCUUUUCUUCCGCCUCCCUCCUGGCCAGACGGCCACAUCAAACUGCGCCAACUCAGCCAACAUGGCCGACGUAUUAGGCAUGCCGUCUGGCUGCAUGUCGUCUGUUUGCACGCUCGCGACACACGAACAAUGCACAACACAGCUCUAUGCAGGCCCCGUCACCAUCGCAUUCGCUUCAUUGCUGCCCUGUCCGAUUUGCCUUGAACAACGAAACAUCAACGUCUGCACCGGAUUUGACGGCCGACUGUAUCGAUUAGCCGGGCUAGAUGCAACGAGCAGUCUAGCCAAUGGAAGCAAGCCUGUCAGUUUGCUUUGCCAUGCAGAUUCCGCCAAUCAGGCCGCCGCUGAAAAUGCAUUUCACCGGGGCCACAUUACUUAG